UGUGAACUGUAGCCAAUGAGGCAUCUGUGUGGGCGGGCCCCGGACGAGAGCGCAGCCCUGAUUGGUCAGCGGUACUUGGCAAAUGGCGGAGGCGCUGAGGCGGGUCCUGGAUGCGGGCAGCGCAGCGAGGCCCGAGGGGGAUGGAGCUAGCGGGCCACCGUUGCUGCUGCUCGGCGCUCCGCGUUCCGCGCAGACGUCGCUGCUGUUUGCAGCCGCCCUCGAGGCGGCAGGGGAAGGCCGCGGGCCUGUCCUCUUCCUGACACGAAGGCCACUUCAGAGCCUGCCGCUCAAUACACCCGCAGCGCGGGAACCCUGGCGGCUCCAGAUUCGAUUCCAGUACCCAUCCUCAGUUCCAGAGCUUCUCCAGCUGCUAGCCUCUGCCCAUGAGGCCCCAGGGCCUGCCCCGUCCCUUCUACUGCUGGACGGCCUGGAAGACUAUCUAGCAGAAGAUUCAGGGACCCAGGAAGCCGCCUACUUGGCUGCAUUGCUUCUAGAUACUGUUGCCUACUUUAGCCACCAUCAUGGAGCCAGUGGCAGCUGCGGGCUUGUGGUGGCCCUUGAGACCCAAAAAGAAGCAGACAGUGAUGUCCCACAUCUGACAUUGCUUCAGCGGUAUUUUCCUGCACAGUGCUGGCUGCAGCCAGAUGCCCUAGGCUUGGGACAGCAGUACUGCCUUCGAGCCAGCCUGGCGUCGGGCCCGCUGAGCCCCAGGAUGGAGUGGUCAGUGACUUUCUUGCCCAGUGGAGAGAUGAAGAUCACCCCAUGGCCUACCCAGGCUUCUAAGCCCUGCUCGGACAGAAAAGGUUCUAGUGCUAGAAGCCAGUCAUUAACUUUGGCAUGUGACAACCUCUCUGGUCCUCAGUGUCCCUUGGAUAGAACACUGACUUCGGGGACAGGUGCAGAGUCAAAGACCUGAACAGUGUAGGUUUUCUUUUAUAGACUAGCAUUGUUGAGAGCUGGUGAGAUGGCUCAGUAGGGAAGGGACCUUGCCAACCUGCAUGAUGGCCUGACUUUGAUUCCUGGGACCCACAUGGUUGGAGUCUAGAGCUGACUCCUGCAGGUUGUCUUCUGACCUCCAGUUUUGGGUGGUGACACACACACGCCCUCCACACUAAUAAUAAUAAAUAAAUAAUAAACCCUUCUAAAUAAAUAAAUAUAGUCAGCUGGAGCUUCCUUUGCCCACUGGCUGUCAUUGAUGAGAUUCAGCCACGUUUCCUAGUUCAUUUCUUUACCUGUUGCAUUCUUUUCCCAGACAGGACCUUGUGUAGCUCAGGCUAGGCUCAGACUAAAUAAAUACUUAGCAGAGGCUAUCCUUGAACUUCUGAUCCUCCAGCCCCAUCUCUUGAGGGCAGGGCCUAUGGCGUGUUCUCAUAUACUUGACUCCUCUUGCCUAUUCCAUGGGUGCCUGUAUCUGUUACCUCUGUGUCUCUGCUUACAUACUGUCGGGAUUAAACAUACACAUGCCCUUGCACAUGUGUGUAGGGUGUACGGCUGGGAGUGGACUCACUCCACAUAGAGUAUAGGACAUACAUUUUUAAUGCCAUUAAACUGAAUUUGAGCAUGGUUAUAUGCAAAAUGGUAGGCCCAGCUUUGGGACGUAGGUGUAGGAGGUCACUGUGUAAGGUUGUCCUAAGCCACUCUGACAUACACUAGACCCUGUCUCAGAAGAACCCAAAUGGGCCAGGCUGUUAAUCCUAGUGUGUUUAAGGCCAGCCUAGUUUCAGUGGACUGUUCAGGCCACCCAGGGCUACA